AUGAUGGCUGAAAACAAUUUAAAAAUGCUAAAGACUGAACAGCGUGUAGUAGCCAACAAGCUACCUAGAAACAGGCCAUAUAUUUGCAAUAUUUGCUUCAAGCACUUUGAAACACCAUCAAAAUUAGCUAGGCAUUAUCUCAUUCAUACUGGUCAGAAGCCAUUUGAAUGUGAUGCGUGUCAUAAAACUUUUAGGCAACUAGUUCACCUGGAGAGACAUCAACUAACUCAUAAUCUGCCUUUCAAAUGUAGUAUUUGUCAACGCCACUUUAAAAAUCUGAAGACAUUUGUGAAGCACCAACACCUUCACAAUGAAACCUACCAGAAUGAUGUUAAACAGGUUAGAAGAUUGUUGGAGGCCAAGCAAGAAAAGCCGGUGUAUGGAAUGUAUCCUACUUUUACCUCAGAGGAGCAAUGGGCCUUACACCCCUCUAGUAAGUCUGAUCCUGCCUAUAGCCCUGCAAAGAAAAGAAAGAAUAUUCAUGCAUGUACAAUCUGUGGCAAGAUGUUCCCAUCGAAGUCAAAACUUGAUAGGCAUGCACUUAUUCAUACUGGUCAGAGGCCUUUUAAAUGUGUCCUGUGCAGCAAAUCUUUCCGACAGUCGACUCAUUUAAAAAUCCACCAACUCACACAUUCAGAAGAAAGACCUUUUCAAUGUUGUUUCUGUCAAAAAGGAUUUAAGAUUCAAAGCAAACUUCUGAAGCACAAACAAAUCCAUACCAGAAAUAAAUCUUUUCAGAAUCUUUCAUUAAAAAAGAAGAGUCCAGAGUCAUGCCCCCUACCUAAUAAAUUAAUUCCAAAGCAGGAUAGUUUUGAAAAUGGUGAUAUAGGUGAAUCAGAGGAGACUAAUCAACUUGAUGUCCAUUCUAUUUAUAUUGUUCCUUUUCAGUGUCCAGAGUGUGAAGAAUGUUUUGAAUCAGAGAAGAUUCUCAAUGGACACAAGUGUUUUCCUGCCAGAAGUGGCAAAAUUCCAAGCAGUUUCAAAAGAAGCCUCAACUAUAAAACUAUUGUUAAAAAAAUCUUGGCCAAGCUUAAACAUGCUGGGAGUAAGAAAUUAGAUAACUUUAGAUCUGAGAAAAAAUCAUUUAAAAAUGGUUUCUUGAAAAAUUGUGAUCUUAUUUCUGGUGAGCAGAGCCCUGAACAAAUCCAGAGAACAUUUAUGGGUUCUCUUGGCAAGCAUGGAACAUAUAAGACAGUUGGCAGUAAAAGGAAGAAAAUGUUGGCGUUGCCAUCUUGGCAAAAGCACUUCCAGAGCCAAAAUAUGGGAAAAAACUUGAAAGGUGUCCUUACAACAGAAAACAUGUUAAUUAUGGAAAAUUCAGUGAAUAAUAAAGACAUAUCUAUCAAUGGUUCAUCAGGUGAGGAAUUUUUUGAUAAUUGUAAAGUGCUUCAAUGUGGUUUGUCAGUUCCAAGUGAAAACAUACAUACUGGACAUAGGGUGUGUCCAUGUGACAAAUGUGAGAAGGUAUUUCCUUCUAUAUCCAAACUACAAAGACACUAUUUAAUUCAUACUGGACAGAGGCCUUUUGGUUGUAAUGUCUGUGGGAAAUCUUUUAGACAGUCAGCUCACUUAAAAAGACAUAAAUUAACUCAUAUUGAAAAGAUUCCUUACAGACGAUCUCUUUGCCAAGUAGAAUUUGACAAUUUGAGCAAACUUUUCACUCUUCCGGGUGAUAAUGUUAACUAUAAUGCUUCCCAACGAUGCCAGACUCCUAGUUUUCAAAAAUGUGAGGUCUUGGAGUCAGAUCAAAUAUCAGAAAUAAAAGUUAAGGCAGAAUCAGAGGAUUUAAUUCUUGACACCCACUCCAGGAGCAGGCAGCCCUAUCUCUCUAAUUCCCUUCUGGAAUCAGAGCAGAGCCAUCAUAGUCAUUGCAGUUAUCCAGGACAUCUUGGGAGGAAUGAUGGCCUUCUUUACCAAUGCAGUGUGUGUUCUAAAAGUUUUAGAUCUCCAUCUAAACUGGAGAGACACUAUCUAAUCCAUGCAGGACAGAAGCCAUUCGAAUGCUCAGUUUGUGGGAAAACAUUCAGACAGGCCCCUCACUGGAAGAGACAUCAACUUACUCAUUUUAAGGAACAACCACAAGAAAACCUAAUCUUAAAUUCGGUUAUGUAA